AUGGCACCGGCCCGUUCACUCCGCUCACGAGGAACCAUGAAUGAGAACGAUGAGAACGGCCCGUCGACGCGUUUGACGCGAGCCAAGGCCGCCCUCGGCACCGAUGGCCCUGCUGAUGCAGUCAAGAAACCCAUGCAGCCCGUCAAGCGUGCUCUGUCAACCACCAAUGGAGUGCAACGUCGUCGUGCCGCGUUGGGGGAUGUCAGUAAUGUCAAGACCGAUGCUAUUGAGAUCAAGGAUGGCAAGAAGCCCGUUGCCGGAAAGACUGCAGUCGCAACAAAGCCUCCCACACAGCCUGGUGCCAUUCAAAAGCUUACCCGUCACAACUCGACACGUGCCGGCCUUACCAAGCCACGUACGGAGAGCAACAAGAAGACGUCUGCCACGAAACGCCCCCAGACAUCUCUAAAAGAAGUUUCAUACCAAGAGGAGGAGCCUCCUCUGAAAAGACUUAGCACACAGAAUUCAUCGGUGAUCACGAAGGGGGCUACAAUCAAGGAGGAGGUUCUCAUUGAGAAGGCUGGCAAGAAAAAGGAGUCCAAAAAGCAAGAAUGGGACAACCUUGAUGAUGAAGAUUUGGACGACCCGUUGAUGGCUGCCGAAUAUGUCGUGGAGAUUUUCGAGUACCUUCAAGAGCUUGAGAUGGUGACCCUCCCUAACCCCCAGUACAUCGAGCAUCAGCCAGAUUUGGAAUGGAAGAUGCGAGGCAUUCUUGUCGACUGGCUGAUUGAGGUUCACACACGUUUCCGUCUGCUCCCCGAGACUCUCUUCCUUGCUGUCAACAUCAUCGACCGAUUCCUGUCAGCCGAGCAGGUCGCUCUCGACCGCCUCCAGCUUGUUGGUGUCACCGCCAUGUUCAUCGCAUCCAAGUAUGAGGAGGUUCUGUCCCCUCACGUUGCAAAUUUUAGCCACGUCGCCGACGAGACAUUUAGCGAUAAGGAGAUCCUCGAUGCUGAGCGUCACGUUCUCCAAAUCCUGGGAUAUAAUAUGAGCUUCCCCAAUCCCAUGAACUUCUUGCGUCGCAUCUCCAAGGCCGAUAACUACGACAUCGAAACACGAACAUUGGGCAAAUACCUCAUGGAAAUCAGCCUGCUGGACCACAGGCUCAUGAGCUUCCCCCAGAGCCAGACUGCUGCUGCUGCCAUGUAUCUUGCACGUCUCAUCCUGAACCGUGGACCUUGGGACGCAACUCUCGCUCACUACGCCGGUUACACCGAAGAAGAGAUUGACCCCGUCUUUCGCUUAAUGAUUGACUACCUACACCGCCCGGUGUCCCACGAAGCUUUCUUCAAGAAAUAUGCCAGCAAAAAAUUCAUGAAGGCUUCCCUCAUGACCCGCCAAUGGGCGAAGAAGUACCACCACUUGUACGUCGACAGCUCGCUCUCGGAGCCGUACACCUAUAUCAAGGAUAGUGAAGAGUAA